CCGACAGCCGCCACCAUGACUCAGAUCCCCUCCGCCCUGAUCUUGCGCAAGGAGCUCCAGGAGCUCAUGCGCGACCCGGUUGAGGGCUUCUCCGCCGGCCUCGCCGAUGAUUCUGACCUGUAUGAGUGGGAUGUCACCGUCAUGGGCCCCCCGGACACCUAUUACGAGGGCGGCCUCUUCCGCGCUCGCCUCUCCUUCCCCCGCGACUACCCGGACAAGCCGCCGGUUCUGCGCUUCAAGUCCGAGAUGUACCACCCGAAUGUCUACCCCAACGGUCUGGUGUGCAUCAGCAUCCUCCACGCCCCGGGCGAGGAUGAGAAUGGCUACGAGGACGCCUCCGAGCGGUGGAACCCGGUGCAGAACAUUCGCACGGUCAUGCUCUCGGUCAUCUCCAUGAUGAGCUCCCCCAAUGACGAGUCGCCGGCCAAUGUUGACGCCGCUAAGGAGUGGCGGGACAACCGGGACUCCUUCCGUCGGCGUGUCAGCCAGGUUGUCCGCCGCAGCCAGGAGGAGUAAGUGCCCAAGCCUCGCCCGGCAAUUUGCUAGCGCACUGCUGCACGCACGCGCGCGCGCGCGCCCCCCCCCCCCCCCCCU